AUGCUUGAGCGUGGACAAUAUAAUGAACCAGUUUAUUAUGGUGUUGAUCAACUCCAAAGAACAAAUGAAAAUCAAUUACAAGAGGUUGAAGAAAGACACGGUGAAUUCCGACAAUUAGAAAAUAAUAUUGUUCAAUUGCAUGAAAUUCAUCGUGAUUUUGCUGAGCUUGUUAAUAAUCACGGUCAAAUAAUUGAUAAUAUCGAAUCAAGUGUUUCUCAAACUGAAACUCAAGUCGUUCAAAGUGCUAUAAGCUUAGGUAAAGCUGUUGGAUAUCAGUCAGCAGCUCGUCGAAAAAAAAUUAUCUGUGGUGUAAUUGUAUUUGUUAUAAUUGUUUUAGUUGUAAUUAUAACAGUCGUAGUUGUACUCACGAAAAAAAAAUCUUAA